UCUUGUUGCAGGAUCAGUAUUUAGUUAAUAGUAGGUGUUUAAAUAUGAUUCGGAAGGUCUGGUUGUUCGUCUUCGUGGCAAGUUGUUUGUUGUUAUCCGCCACACAUGUUAAAUCCGAUGAUGAGGGGACCACAUCAGAUGACACACCAAAAGUUGAACCAGAUAUUGGUAAAGCAGCUGAUGGUUCAAAAACCGAUGAUGAAGUAGUUCAAAGGGAAGAAGAAUCAAUUCACUUGGAUGGUUUAAGUCCAAGUGAAGUUAAACAACUUCGUGAACAAUCAGAGAAACAUGUUUUCCAAGCCGAGGUCAACCGAAUGAUGAAGCUGAUUAUUAACUCACUGUACAGAAACAAAGAGAUUUUCUUGAGAGAAUUGAUUUCUAAUUCAUCUGAUGCGUUGGACAAGAUCCGGUUACUUUCACUUACAGAUGAUGCAGCUCUUGCUGCCACAGAUGAACUUUCCAUUAAAGUUAAGGUUGACAAAGAAAACAAUGUUCUUCAUGUUACGGACACUGGUAUUGGAAUGACAAAAGCUGACUUGAUCAAAAAUCUUGGAACCAUCGCAAAAUCUGGAACGAGUGAUUUCUUCGAACAAAUGUCGAAAGCAUCUUCUGAAGAUUCAGUGUCUGAUCUCAUUGGACAGUUUGGUGUUGGUUUCUACUCUGCAUUCCUUAUUGCCGACAAAGUUGUAGUGACAUCCAAACACAACAACGACUCUCAACAUAUCUGGGAAUCGGACUCUGAAUCUUUCUCUGUUGUUGCCGAUCCACGAGGUGACACUCUUGGCAGAGGAACCACUGUCUCACUUUACUUGAAAGAAGAAGCAUCAGACUAUUUGGAAAAUUCAACUGUGAAAGGACUGAUUGAAAAAUAUUCUCAAUUCAUUAACUUCCCCAUCUACUUGUGGUCGGAGAAGACAAUCAAAGAAGAAGUUCCUCUGGAUGAAGAUGAAGCUGCAGAGGAGGAGAAACCUGAAGAAAAAGAAGCUUCGGAUGAAGAUGAGGAAGCCGAAGCAGAGGUGGAAGAAGAAAAAGAAGACAAACCUAAAACAAAGACUGUAGAGAAGACUGUGUGGGAUUGGGAACUUCUAAAUGAAAUGAAACCAGUGUGGCAGAGACCAGCUAAGGAAAUCACUGACAAAGAAUACAGUGAUUUUUACAAAUCUAUCUCAAAAGAAACCACUGACCCCAUGGGUAAGACACACUUUGUAGCAGAAGGUGAAGUUUCGUUUAAAUCGAUUCUCUUCAUCCCCAUGACCUCCCCUGGUAACAUGUUCCAAGAUUAUGGGCAGAAAAAGACAGAUUUUAUUAAGAUGUACGUUCGUAGAGUUUUCAUCACCGAUGACUUCCAAGACAUGAUGCCAAAAUAUUUGAGUUUCGUUCGUGGUGUGGUCGACAGUGACGAUCUUCCCCUUAAUGUUUCGAGAGAAACUCUUCAACAACAUAAACUGCUCAAAGUUAUCAAGAAGAAGUUGGUGAGGAAAGCACUCGAUAUGAUCAAGAAGAUCGAUCCAGAGGUUUAUCUCGAGAAAUUCUGGAAAGAAUUUGGAACAAACAUCAAACUUGGUGUGAUCGAAGAUCAUAGCAACCGUACAAGAUUGGCAAAACUUCUUCGUUUCUUCACAUCCAACCACCCAACUGAUGUAUCAAGUCUUGAACAAUAUGUUGAACGCAUGAAGGAAAAACAGGAAAAGAUUUAUUUCUGUGCUGGCAAUGGAAGAAAGGAGGUUGAAAAUUCACCUUUUGUUGAGCGCUUAUUGAAGAAGGGGUAUGAAGUGAUCUACCUCACAGAGGCAGUGGAUGAAUACACCAUUCAAGCUCUUCCUGAGUUUGAUGGAAAGAGAUUCCAAAAUGUUGCCAAGGAAGGACUUGGGUUGGAUGAUGGGGAGAAGGCAAAGGAAAGAAAGGAUGCUCUUGAGAAAGAAUACGAACCACUUGCCAAGUGGCUUAAAGAAACCGUGCUUACAGAUAAGAUUGAGAAGGCCGUUAUCACUGAGCGCCUUACUGACUCACCAUGUGCACUUGUAGCCAGUCAAUAUGGAUGGUCUGGCAACAUGGAACGUAUUAUGAAAGCUCAGGCUUACCAAACACAAAAGGAUUCCACUAAUAAUUUCUAUGCCAAUCAGAAAAAGACACUUGAAAUUAACCCACGUCAUCCGCUGAUCAAGAACUUGCUUGAAAGAAUAGAGACUGAUGCUGAGGAUGCACAAGCUGCACAGAUCGCGAACGUGAUGUUCGACACUGCUGCGCUUAGAUCGGGAUACUCCUUGAAAGAUUCAGUUGAUUUCUCAAAGAGAAUUUUGGAUAUGUUGUACAAGAAUCUUAACAUUGAUCCUGAAACUCCUAUUGAGGAAGAACCUGAAGAUGAAGAGCCAGAAGAGGAGGAAGAGGAAGAAGAGGUUGAUACUGAUGAUGAAGAGGAGGAUGAUGCAGAAGAGGCUGGUGGGGACGCAGAUGAAACUACAGAAGAGCCGGAGCAAACCGAAGCUGUGGAAGCUGAAAGUGAAGAGAGUCAUGAUGAAUUAUAAGUGUGUGGAUGUCCAUCAAACAUGCAGUUGACCAAUAACAAUCAAGAACAAUUCACCGAAAAUCCCCUGCAUCUGCUCAAUUAUCACAAAGUUUUCAAACCUUAUUCAAAGUUUCAAACCGUUUUCUUUUCAAGAGUUUAAUUUAUUUUCUGUGACCUCCGUUUAUCCAUAGUUUUAUAUCAAGAGUGUCCGAUAAACUUAUAACUUGUCAUUAGACCAAAUCUCUGGUUUGCCACUAAUGUGGUGUGAUUGUGUUUAUCUUCGUGCACUUCUAUUAUGAAGCUGCGACCAUAUUUGCCAUCGCCGUAGGGAGUUAUACUGUAGUUAAAUUAAAAUACAAAUAUUCUCGUUUUCACUUA